CGCAAACGGGAAUUGGGGUUAUAUAAACAUUUGUUCCCAUGGUUCUUCGUUCAUAUGAUGUCUGACUGAAAUACAAAAAUGAAGUAUUUAUCAUUGUUGUUCCUUUGUGGAUGCUUAGGUAUCAAAUUGGUUGAUCAUAAAUACGAAGACGUGUUUAUUGUAAUCCAGAAAACUGUCGGCGAAGACCCAACGCUCAUACAAAAAAUCAAGGAAACAUUCACGUUAGCGUCUAAAUUGUUGUUCACCGCAACGAACAACCGAGUUUACUUUGGCAAGAUCAGCAUUAUAAUUCCAAAGGAGUGGACAACAGUUACAAACACUACUUCCAUACCGUCCAUACAGCUUAAGAACUAUAUAAUGAUAGAUGAAGGCAAAAUUAAAAAUCCAUUUGUGAAAUCAACGGAAUGUGGCAAAGAAGGCAUAUUCCUCUACUUACCCCCCUCUUUCUUGAUGGAAAAGUCGGACACGGCGUACGGCAGGAAAGAAAAAGUGAUUGUUCACGAAUGGGGUCAGUUACGGUGGGGUCUAUUCAGUGAAUACCACCCUUCUCCUGACAAGAAGUUUUACCUUGAUGAAGGGAGAUGGAAACCCACUGUUUGCACCGACCAAAUACAAGGGCAAAUUGGCAAAGGACCUGUGUGUUUAAGUGCGAAGGUCUGUGAUCCAACAAGGAGUAGCGUAACAAUGUCAGAAAUGUGUUCAUUUUGCCCGCACCUUCAACAGACAGCAAACGCUUCAAUUAUGGGAUACCAGUACAUCCCGUCCGUGAACUUUUUCUGCGAUAAAGAUGACCCGUCCGUUCCAGCCUGGCAAAGACACAACAAGAAGGCGCCUACGAAACAAAAUCUUCUCUGCAACGGGAAGAGCGCAUGGGAAGUAAUGAGAGAACACUCUGAUUUCCGCACAGGUUCAACUCUACCAGAACAAACGAAAACGGAACCAAUCUUUGAAGUAUUACAAGAGACCAGUCCAAUUAGAGUGUUUGUCUUGGACACCUCUGGCAGCAUGAGCACAGACGACAGAAUCGGGAAUCUACAUAGAGCUGGAGCAUACAUAAUUAAUAGAGUUCUUGAAGAAAACAGCUGGUUAGGUGUCGUAUGUUUCACCGAUCACGCUCGGAUUACAGCCGAUAUGACACAUAUUAUCUCAGACUCAGAGAAGAAGAAUUUGGUUGCUAGUCUACCAACGUCGGCGGAUGGAGGCACUUGCAUCGGAUGUGGGAUACACCGUGCGAUUGAAAUGCUGAAAACCAUGCCUAGAAAAACAGCUGAAAAUGCAGAGAUCAUUCUUAUGUCAGACGGAGAGGACCAAAACAAUCAGAUGUUGACGGAUGCAAGCAGAGAGGCAAUUGAAUCAAAGGUUGUCAUUCAUACAGUGUCCAUAUCCCAGCAAGCAGACCCAAGAAUGAUUUCAUUGGCCAGAGACACAGGAGGAAAGCACUACACUUAUUUGGACAAAGGAGACAUAAGCUUUUCGGCAAUAUUUUCUCAAGUUAUUACAAUAAGCGCUACUGAUAUGACAUCAAAGCCUGAAACGGUGUUGUUUAAAAGUGUCGACGAACAAUCCUUCAACAUUAACUUCAAUGUCACAUUGGAAACUGGCAUGAACACAACUAUUUCCGUCCUUACGAAGCUUAGGAAUAGUGUUAACCUCACUCUGGAGAUAACGGGGCAAUCAGUCAUGCGCUACCAAUCGUUUUAUGGAACAUCGCUUACGUAUCAGAUACCAGAAACAUUUAAGGCCGGGCAGUACCAGGUAAUUGUUACCUCUAGUAGGGUAACUAGCUGGGAGUACACCGUUAGCUCGUUGCAAUCGGGCUCAAAUCAAAUCAUGACAACAACACGCCUUUCAAAAACUACAAUGGAUUUCACAAAUGCUGGAAGAGAUAUGCCUGUGGUUUAUGCUGAUGUCACAAAAGGCUUUGCACCCGUCACUAAUGUGGAGGUGGUUGCGUUUGUAGAGGGGACAGAUAACGUAUUGUGCAACAUAACACUUAGAGAUAACGGACAAGAACCUGACAUUGCUGUUGACGACGGAACAUACUCUGCAUUUAUCCUGCCGAGUUGUAUGGCAAGCAAAAGGCUGAACUUGCGUGUCGAAGUUUUUGGCAGGGAAGGCCAAGCAGGCGUUCAAAAGAAACUGACAGGGGCCAUUGCAAUCGAAGAACCUGAGGUCGAAUAUGAAGUUCUGAAAGAGAGUUUUCAAAGGUUUUCUAUUCCUGAACCACUGUUUGUUAAGAAUCUACCAGCGGAUCUGGACCUGCCUCCAGGUCGAAUUACUGACCUGAGUGUCGUUGACAUUAAGACGAGAAAAUCACAAAAUGGGGAAAGCAGGAAUUUCACCAUAGCCUGGACCGCUACCGGAAACGAUAUGAACGUGGGACAAGCAACGUCUUACGACAUACGGAUCGCCGAGGAUAUUGAUACUAUCAUGUACAACUUUACAAUGGCCGAGAAGUUCAGCCUUAACAACGAUACCUUCGUUCCAAAGCCGUCUGGAACACCAGAAGCCAUCAGGAUUUCUGUAAAUGCAGAUGAAAGUUACACCGGCACUGCUUUUCUUGGGAUCGUAGCUGUAGAUAAAAACAACAAUACUGGACAGGUUUCUAACGUGGUGUCCAUCUUGGUUGCCAAGGGAUUCCGUAUUGAAGUCGAAGAAGUGAAGAAUUACACAAUUGGAAUGUUCAACAAUACAGUCGAAGAUGAAACGGAUAUUGUUGACGAACAUGUUUCAUCUUCUGCAUUCAACACGGCCUUAACCAAUUCGAUUGUUCUGAUCAGCGCGUGUGUACAUGCUUGCGUUCAUUUUGGUAAAAUGUAAGCUGAAUUGUUGGGUUGUUGGAAAAUUGCACACGUAGCUUCAUACUAUAUUAACAAUUGCUAAUAUAUUCAAAUUUUAAUACACAUUAAUAUAUAUGUAAUAAUGUUUUAUGCUUAAUAACAUAAUUUUCGGUUACGUUGUUUAUAUGUUUCUGUGUAAAUGGAUGUUUACUAAAAUAAUCUUAUUUCAAAAUUAAGCAGUCUUCAUUAUUAAAUGUUUUUGGGUGCACUCUGAACAUUAUGAAAGAUAAACACAGAUAUAAAAAGAAAACAAGUAUGUGUAUUUUUAAAUUAUGAUGCGAUUAUCCAAAACAUAUUAAAUUGUAUUUACUUAAUAUGAUUCUCAAAUAUUAUACUUUGAUUUACGUGUUUUCUACUUAGUUGAAACAUUUUAUCAACAAAAUGAACAAUACGUGUACAUUCUAAAUAGACAAUUAUUGGACAAGGUUGGAAAUUGCAAUAACUUAAACUUCCCUCUUCAUAAUUUAUGUAUAUAUGCAUGUACAUUACAAAAUGGAGCUUGUUGGUGGUUGAUUAAAUACAGAAACAUA